GAGGGGUGGGCGGAAGAAGCUUUUGCUAAGUCUCCACCCCCUACUCAGUUGCUAACUGCACGGCAAACAGCGCUCAGUAUGGAGAAAAGCGGCCGCAAAAUGCUUUGAAAAAAAGAGUCGCGUCGCCCUCGGCCAGUGAAAUGCGUCGCUCCCUUCGACCCCUGUAGAACCCGAACUCCCCACAGAAACCAUGGAAAGGGCCGGACUGUUGAUGGCGUGAGUUGGAACGUCGGACUCGGAGAUGCUGCAGUCAGAAGGGAGAGAGGCCAAUAGGAAGAUGCCGUCCCAGUGGUCCCGCGACAACAGCGCCGAGAGCAAAGUUCCCCACACGCGAAUGGACGAUGAAGCUGCCAUACAGCAAAUCUACACGUUUGGGAAGAAACUGGGCCAGGGAAGCUUCGGGGUCGUGAUCGAAGCCACCCACAAGGAAACGGCCACCAAAUGGGCCAUGAAGAAAGUCAAUAGAGAAAAGGCAGGAAGUUCGGCAGUGAAGCUCCUGGAGAGAGAAGUUUCCAUUCUGAAGAGGGUUAAACACGAUCACAUUAUUCACCUGGAGGAAGUAUUUGAGACUCCCAAGCGCAUGUAUCUGGUAACCGAGCUCUGCGAGGGGGGGGAACUCCGAGAAAUUCUGCACCGGAAAAAGUGUCUGUCAGAAGCGGAAACCCGGCACGUGAUCCGCAGCCUCGGCUCCGCCAUUGCCUACCUGCACCGGAAGGGAAUUGUACAUCGGGACCUGAAGUUGGAGAAUAUUCUAGUGAAGAGCAAUGAUGGAGCAGACAAUGAGGAACUGAUCCUGAAUAUAAAGGUGACGGAUUUCGGGUUGGCCGUGCAGAAAGGGGGCGUUGGCAGCGAGAAUAUGUUACAGUCCACCUGCGGGACCCCCAUAUACAUGGCCCCCGAAGUCAUCAACGAUCACGAUUACAGCCAGCAGUGCGACAUCUGGAGCACGGGGGUCAUCAUGUACAUGCUUUUAUCGGGGAACCCCCCCUUUAUGGCCGGCUCGGAGGAGAAGCUGUUCGAAGACAUAAGGAGGGGAGAGCUGAAGUUCUCGGACGCGGUGUGGCAGGGCAUUAGCAACGCGGCCAAGGACGUGCUACAGCGCCUCCUGAAGGUGGACCCGGCGCACAGGAUCACCGCAAAUGAACUGCUGGACAAUCCUUGGAUCACGGGUGAAACUACCCUUGUUCAGAGACCAACCAAUGUCCUGGAGUUGAUGAACGCGUGGAAGAACCUUGACGCGGAUGAACUCGAUCACUUGGAUGAGAAUUCCAAUGGCUUGUCCUUGGCCCACCUCAUUGACAUUCCCACGGUGGAGGAAAGGGCCAGUCCUGCCAGUAGUAAUGGGACCUCCGAAAUGGGUCUGGACACCGAGACAGACAGCAGUAGCAGCAAGCCGUCCACUCCAACAAAUCAGGUGACCAAGAAAAAAACAGUCUCUUCUUCCCUAACCAGCAGAACAGUUAAAAAGAAAAGUUCUACUCUCAAGCCUGCCAGCUCUCCCUCAACAAAUGGAAACACAUCUCCAUGCUCUAAUACAAGACGGUCCCCGGAAACCCAAGAGCACUCUGGGGGGUCUCUCUCCCGGUCACUCAGACGAGCGUCGGGCAAACUGAAUGGAUCGACAAAUAAUGGACUGGGAGCGAAACUGACCCCCAGAACUUCUGGAAUAAGAAAGGCUUCCUAAUGGCUGAGCCUCUACCCCCACCUCACACGGGGGGGUUAUAUUUGUGCCAAAACCAAGAGGAUCGGACGGGGAGGCCCCCCCCAGAAGACUCCGUGUAACCUUCUUAGCUGAGUGUUAACCAGUGACUGUCACCUUCCUACUGAAACCAGAGAGGAGCCAGAAAGUGCCUCAACCAUGAAAGCCUUGUGGCCACUGAUUGGGCAUCUUGUAAAUAUGGGUUUGUGUGGCCUGGGGGGGGGGGAGCACCCACAAACCCCUUCUUCUCUCUGCAUUAUGAUUUUAUUCUCCAUUUUUACUUCCCUCAUCCCCUCUCCUUUCCUAUU